ACCCACAGGCUCGCGACUGAAUUGUCCUCCGAAAUCGAAAACGACUCGUCAAGGGAAAAGCGUGAGGCUGAACAUCAACGCGCGAGAGCGCAGGCGGAUGCACGACUUGAACGAUGCAUUGGACGAGCUUCGCUCUGUCAUCCCUUACGCUCACAGUCCUUCCGUGAGGAAGCUGUCCAAGAUCGCCACCCUCCUGCUGGCGAAAAAUUACAUCCUUAUGCAAGGAAACGCCUUGGAAGAGCUCCGGAGAGUGAUCGCCGUCCUGCAAUCACCGCACGCGCACACCACUGCCCUGCCGCCCACGCCGGUCUCCUACGACCUCUUGCAGGGAUUUCCCGGCAAGCUGUUCCAGGGAGUGCAGGAGAUGCAGGGGCUACCCGCGAACGAGCCUCAAAUCGUGACCGGCCCGCCGACCGACGGCACGGUCGCCAGCGGAGAAUCGAAUUAAGGAGUAGAGUUUUGCAUUUUUUUUUCUGCAACUCUCUUCUUUGUUUUUCUCGUGAAAGAUAUGAAUCCAUCAAAUUCAAGUCCCACACACACACACACACACACACACAUACACGAAUGUAUGUAUUUUUUUCUUAUUUUAAAAGAUAAAGAUAAAGUUGCUACUUAACUCUUUAUUGAUUUAGUAAUACUAAUGUUAAGUGUGCAAUUGCAACUAUCAUAUUUGAGAUGCUGGGAAAAAUUAUUUGUGUGCAAAUAAAUAAUAACUUAGAUCAGAAAUUAAACAGA